AUGGCAGAGCAUCAUCCACUUCCCGCGCUACCUCCCCAGCAUCAGCAGCCAAAUCAGCAAUUCUACCACGACGGAGCCGCCAAUUCGUACAACGAGCCUUCUACUCGCUUCCCGUCCUACCAGCAACCGUACGAUCAGCCGCCUCGCCAACAGACUCAAACACAACAAAUCCCUCCAAUUCAGAAGCAGCCGCAGUCUCCCCAUAGACGACCUAGAACAUUCAGCUUCCAGUCCAACAGGUCCCACAAGAGCUCGGGAAGUCACCACAAAAUCGACUUACACGAGAGCCAUCAAGAGAAGGAAGCAAAAAGAUUACACAGCAAAGCCGAUCCCACCGUCGCUAUGAGCGAGGCCGAACCUUCCGCCGUUCAGGCAAUGACUAAGUCGUCUUUGGCCCCAUUGCGCGCAAUUCAGCACAAGGAUACAACUGGCAACCCAAUCUCCGAGCCCGAUCGAUCCAACCCGACUCGUAGCCGGUGGGAGCGACCCUUGGAUACCAUCCGCAGCUUCGAGGCCGCCAUUGAUGGAGGUUACCGAGACAGGGAUCGCCGCCAAUCAUAUCGCUCAGAUGCCGAGUCUGUUGCGACAUGGAACCGACGGAGCAGUUACUACGCCACCAGCGGAAAUCGCCACCCCCAUGACAGCUAUUAUGGCGGGCGUCCCGGUUCCUUCCGUCCCGAGAGCACUCAGAUCGAGAUGGGCUCCACCCGCCAGAGCUACUAUGAUCAGUACCACAAUGGGGCCGGAGGAGGAUAUUAUAAUGGCAACAUUCCCUAUCGUCAGAGAGUUCCCAGAACGCAAACAGAUCCACAUAUGAAUGGAUAUGGCCGCGGCGAUCAGACCGUUUAUCCUUUGUCUAACAAGGACCGCUCGUACGAAACUGUCACGUCCGCGGCCGGAAGUGGGAGUUCGGCGGAGCACGCCGGCUACCAUACCGACCCGACUAGCAGCGACAACAGCUCCAUCGAGCGAGCUCCGGCACCGAGGCCUGAGCCUGUUAACGACUACGGUAUCGGCUUCAGCCAGGGGCAGUCAUCAUACCAACCGUCUGCAUUCAGUCUCGAUAAUGGCACACCCAACGGCAAAGGCCCCGCUCAUUCAUCUGUGAAGCAGGGCCCCCAAAUUUCCGGCAAGGGCGCAAACGUGCUCCGAAGACCAGCCGCAGCCCCGCCUCAACAGCAGCAGCAGCAGCAGCAGCAGCAGCCGCCGCCGCCUCAACAGCCGCAGGAGCGACCUGAAUCAUCAAAGAGGAAAAGCUGGUUUUCUCGCCGGUUCAGCAAAGCAUCCUGA